UUUGUGCGAACACCAAACACCAACGGAUUUUGUGUUUCAAAAGAUUUGUUUGGUUUUAGUGUUUUGAAUAGCGAUUUUGAGAAAGUAAACGGAGUCACGGAGUGAAUUUAAUGAAAAUAACACAAUUUUCAGUGGAAUUACCUCUUUACAAUUAUGGCAGACGUAGGGGAUAUAAUUGAUUACAUUAAAUCCCUGAGAAAAGGAUUCGAUAAAGAUGAGUUUAGCGAUAAGAUUGAAGAACUGGCUGAAAUUGUUGAUUCAAAUGGCUUGGACUAUGAAGAAUUCCACAAUUUACUCAGAGUCUGGCUAAAUAUGUCAUUACCGGUGACAAAAUGGCUGAGUAUCGGCAUGUGUCUAGUGCCCAGGGACAGGCUGGAGCCGCGCUCGGUAGACUACGCCAUGCGCUGGCUGCUCGCCAACUUCCAGAACCAGACCAGCUACACCAGGAUUGGGUUCGUUCUGGACUGGCUCACCGCUGCCAUGGAGGCUGAUGCUAUUGAUUUGAAACACCUUGAUGUCUAUUAUGAGAUUUUCUAUAUGUUGGUCACAUAUGAAGUUUUGACACCUCAUGCAAUUAAGCUGGUGUACACUUUGACUAAACCUAUGGACAUCACAAGGAGGCGAGUCCUAGAGCUGCUCGAUGUAGCCAAAAAGAGAGAAGCUAUAAGAAGUAAAUGCCGCCAAAUCCAAGCGCUUCUUGGUCUCUUCAAGUCGUACAAGCCGGAGUGUGUGCCCGAGAGUAUUCCAGUGUUCUCUGUGCCCUCCACAUUCAAGCAACCCAAUAUCCGACUGAAACAGAGAUUCGGACGCUACCAGGCUCUCAGAAAUACCUUGAAUGAAGAGAAGCAGAGGCUUCACUGGGUCAAUCCAAUGAACAUGAAAGGAAACAAGAAAGUGCAACCCCUCAUACCAAACAUGGAAUUUAGCAAUGUGGGAUCUAAACAGUAUGACAGCAAAAUGUCUCAGAAAAACUAUUUUGAUUUUGUUGAACCGUCAGCCCUCAUCGAGUACAGUCUCCGCCACGAGCUGUCCCGGCCGGCUCGCUUGCUGGCCCUACUCUGCAACGACGCGGGCCUCGCUAUGCUGGCCACCGCGCCCGAUAGCGAGCACGCCUUCCUGUCGCACGACCUGCACCAUCUGCUGAAGAACUGCUUCCUCCACACCUCUACUCACAGCUACGCAGAGAAGCGCCUACUCCUGUCUCGGCUGGCGACGCUCCAGCGCACGCUCAUGCAAGGGGUGCCGGUCGUCACGCGCUUCCUCGCCCAGUACCUGCCGCUGUGGAACGAGAAGGACUACUUCCAUGAGAUCCUGUCGUUAGUGGAAUGGAUCAGCGCGGACUCGGCCAGCCACGCGGCGCACAUCCUGCGCCCGCUGGGCCGCGUGUUCCACCGCUCGCAGCCGCUGCAGCAGGCCGCCGUACUGACCGCCCUCACCAACCUGCACGAGAACUUGGUGAGUCGCUGGAUUAGUCGCUGGACUGAUCUACUCCAACUUGGUGAGUUGCUGGAUUACCACGCGGCGCACAUCCUGCGCCCGCUGGGCCGCGUGUUCCACCGCUCGCAGCCGCUGCAGCAGGCCGCCGUACUGACCGCCCUCACCAACCUGCACGAGAACUUGUUUGUGGAUCAGUCGCCGGAUACUCCUGGGAUCCUGUCGCUAGUGGAGUGGGUUGUUGCGGACUCGGCCAGCCACGCGGCGCACAUCCUGCGCCCGCUGGGCCGCGUGUUCCACCGCUCGCAGCCGCUGCAGCAGGCCGCCGUACUGACCGCCCUCACCAACCUGCACGAGAACUUGACAUACUCCAACAGCCGUCCACGCCAGUACUUCCUGAGUAUGGAGUCGUCUAAACACGGCGCGGCGCUCGCCUCCAGCCUCGCCGAGUUCAUAGCGGACCUUGCGGGGAAGGCACUGCAGGUUAACCCAGAGGACAUCCGAGCCCAGCACACAGCGAUAUGGUGCGUGGAGCGAGUAGCGCGGGCCCAACUACUCAACCCCUCCGAGCCGACGCCGCCGCCGCCGCUGGUGUUCGCGCUACCCCUGCUAGGCGUCAGCGCGGCCGCCAUCGACAAGCUCGCGUGUAUUAUGUUGCUGUACAAGAAGAUAUACGGCAAAAUUAAGAAGCAGUCGAAUGCUACCAGCCGUAAGAUGGAAGACCACCUCUGGACGUUGCAGGCUUAUACUAUUGACUUGAUGAACGCGUUACUGAGUGAGACAGUUCUGAGUGAGCGACAGAGCGGGGUCAUCUUCAGCAAGCUACAUCCUCAGCUGGUGGAGAGGAUCAGUAAGACUGUGCCCAAUGCCGACGGCGCCCUGAGCCUCCGGUCCCACGCAGCCUUCGCCCCAUACACCUACUCACAAUUCGAGGCACUAGACUAUAAGGAAACAGACAACAAGUUAUGGUUCGACUCAGUCAUAGAACCGGAGUUCAAACAUUUGAGUGUCUUCCUAAAGAAAAUCGCCACCGAACUACGUUAAGGUUUUAAUUAAGUGUUGAUGUAAGAAUUUCGAAUUUCAUUAUGAACGAUCAUGUCGUAUCUCUUUUUUAAUAAAAAAAAUAGGAUUUAA